AUGAUGCAGAAACCCAUGGAAGGCAUCUCAACUAUGAAGAGAGAUUACAUAUCUCAUGAAGUGUUGCCACGGAAACUUAAACCAUCUGAAAAGAAUGUCAAGAGUGAUGAGAGUAUGGAUUUGACCUCCACUUACAAACAAGAUUAUAAUUCUCACCCUGUCUCUCAAGUACCUCCAUAUCGCCCCCAUGUGACAAGACAGAUCCCCAGCGGCAAGGCUGAUACAAGAACCACUUACAAAGAUGACUAUGUGCUAUGGCAUGAACCAAAGAUAGAGCCAUUUAGACCAAAUGACAGGUUUCACCCAUCAGAAGAAAAAUUUGACCACAGAACCAUUGUCCAGGAUGAAUAUCUCUACAGAGGGCCGGUUGCCACUCAAAGCUGCAAACCUCUGACUCUGGUCCAGAAAACAAAAGCUCCUUUUGAGAAUAUAACUAAUUAUAGAGUGAGUUAUGUGCCACAUCCCCUGGAGAAAUGUUAUGUCCAUAAAAAUGAGAAAUACAACGUCAAUAAGGUCCCAUUUGAUGGCCUCACUACCCACAAAGUUUCUUACAAGGGGCUGGCUGGUCAGCCAGCCAAGCUUGCAAAACCAUACCAGCCAAAGAUUCUCCAUGAUCUUCCAUUUUUCUCUACAACUGAGUUUCAUGAAAAGUACCAAGCUUGGCCACAGGCUCCCUUAUUCACCAAAAAACUUGACGUAUAUCUUCCUCCUCUAGAGAAGAUGGACCUUCACACUACUACUCAGUUACAUUACAAGUACCCAAAUGGCAAGCCAGCCAAGAUGUGUCGAUCUUUGGCCAAGCUUAAAAAAAGUACUGAGCCAUUCAAUAGCUUAUCAAUAAUGAAGGAAGACUAUAAGCCCUGGCUGUGCAAGAGACUAAAACCUAUCACUCAUGCUCCGGAGCUGGCUUUCCCAGCAAAACCAAUGGAUUGCUUGACUACCUUUCAUACCCAUUAUGUGCCACAUCCACUCACAGUUACGAAGAGCUAUAAACCUGCCUGGUCAGGCCCAAAGCACCACACUCUGCUAGAUGCUAAAACUACCUACAAUACCAGCUACACACCAAAGGGCAUUGUUAGAUGCUUGGCUUCUUACAAAAACCCACCUGGUUACAUCUUUGAGGGAGCUGAUGCUGAUGGUCACAAUUUCUAUGUCCCUGCUUCCAAGGGUGAAUGCCUGCAAGGUGGAUACUGAAGGAAGAAGAGUGGAUGCAGCCUUCUUGGAAAUGUAUUCAAAAAACAGGGCUUAAGUGAACUACAAAUGACAGUUUGAUAUUGUUUGUAACCUUUCAAAUCCAUCACUGAUUCCACAUUUGAAGAGCUCUUAAA